AUGUCAACUUCAGACACCACCCUGUAUGGCUUAGAGAUGCCAUCAGAGGAAGCAAUGACCAUGUCAACUUCAUUUCAAAAGGAAGUGAUGUGGACUUCCGACCUAGACUCGGAUCGGACUCAGCCUCCCACAGAGGUCACGUUCAAAACGGAUGAACCGAUGGAAACCUCCACAGAACUCAAAACAAGUGGCUUUCUCGAAUCUACGCUUGAUUUCACGGCCGAAGAGGCACCAGAGGUGGAGGCCGCUGUUGAAGAGCGGGAGCCAGAGGAGGAGGAAGCCCUUGAAGACGGAGAAGGCGAGUUUCAAGAAAUUGAACCUCCUGAGUCUCCAAUACCAGAAGAUUUUGAGGACCAGCUUCCUGACGACACUUAUGAACAGCCAUACAAACUAGACCCAGGCUCUGUGUACCCAGGCAAGCGCGCGCUAGAACUGGAGAUACCCGAAGACAUUAUCAGUUGCAAAGCCGAGGCAGAAGAGAAAGAAGAGUUUGAAGAGUUGGAGGAGGAGGAUGUGCACAUGCUAGCGAAGAUCGGGAGUGAGGAAUACGAGGAAGAGCCAGAUGAGGGCCGAGAAGUAGAAGACAUUCUGGUCGAAGAUGAAAACCUGCUAGGGGUAGCAACAGGAGGGGACGAAGAAUUCAUGGAACAGGAAGCGGAGGAAAUAGAAUUCAUGGAGAAACCAGAAGAAGAGCUGAUGCGUCUGAAGGACACCAAACCCGAGGAUGAAGAAGAGGAAGAAGAGAGCGUCAAGCCCGAAGAGAGCUCUUUGCCCGCUCUAUUGACUGUGCAAGGUUAUGACGACCUGGAGCGUCCUUUGUCACCUACUCCUGAUGCUUUCCGUCAAAUGUUCUUUGCUUCUGAACCAGAGAAAGAUAUUGAAAAGCUGAUGCAAGCUCUGCUAGUGGUGGGGCCGAAGAAGAGAUCCUUGAGAAAACAGCCGUCCACUUUGUUGAGUCCAUUCUAG